UGUUCAUGAAACCCAAUCCAAAAAAGAAAUUGAAGUAUUCUCUCGAUUUUAUAAAAUGGUCACCAAAGAAUAUACAUGAUUCGAUGCUACCAAUUAUGAUAUUAAAUUGGAUUAUGGGUCUAAGUAUCUGGGAAUACCCUUUGGGAAAACCACGACCUGUUAUUACAUUUAUCUACGUUUUGCUAAUGAAUUCUCUUUACUGGUUUCUUGUUUUAUCUGCUCAACAAGAGGUGAACCUUGAAAAUUUAACGACAAUAGGGAAAAAUAUUUUUGCAGUUAUUAUAUAUUUCAAUACGAUUAUCGCAGUGUCUUCUAUUAUCAUUGGUUGGUAUCAUUAUAAGGAGCUCAAGGCUAAUAUUGAAAGAUUGGAACAAUUGGAUGUAGCAUUGGAACGUUUGGGCCUUCCAAAUAACUAUCACAAAAUUUUCAUUAAUACGAUGAUAAAAGCAGCAAUGUGGCUUAUCACAAUUGUAGUUCUUGUAGCGAAUGACAUACAAUUCUUACUAUCAAAGUUCGAUUGGUUGAAAUCUCUUCACAUAAUGUACAUGAUUCACUGUCCACUUCAUCUUAACUCCGUGGUUGAUUUCACCUUCACGUCACUUGUGAACUUACUAGGAAUAAGAUUUGAAAAUAUUAAUUUACUUCUGAAAAGACACUUGGAAAAAAACCCAGAGCCAAAAACUGUUAGACAAUUAUACCCGAAAUACAGUAGAGUCAGUGCUCUAGUUAUGUCCACUGAAUAUAGUGAUAGAUUAAAUGAGAAGCAAUUAGAGAUACAAUUACUGAUACUAAGUCGAUAUCUUCAUAUGGAAUUAACGAAUAUAUCCUGGGAAGUAAACAAGAUUUAUCAAAAACAAAUGAUGAUGGAAAUGGGAGCAUAUCUGAUUAUAUUAACAGGCCUUUCAUAUUACUUGUUCACUAUACUUUUUUUUUCUAUUCGAACAUUCCACUCUAAAAUUGCACAAGUUAUUAACGGUUGCAUUUGGUCUAUUGUAUAUGCGUACAAAUUGCUCAAUAUUACAUCUACUUGUGCAAAAGUUAGUCUAGAGUCACAGAAAACUAGAGACAUACUGUAUGAACUAAAGAUUUUAAAUGAAGAUAAAGAGUUUAAAGAGGAGAUUGAACAAUUUUCGUUACAACUUACCCAACGACCCUUGGUAUUCAGCACAUGCGGGUUAUCAACUUUAGAUUACCCCUUUGUGCAAAGGUUCAUAGGAUCAGUGACGACAUAUCUCGUUAUAUUAAUACAAUUCAGUCCAGAAAUAAGCGAAUGAAUAACGAUAAACAAAUUUUGACAGUUUCGUCUAACUACACUGGAACUUGGAAUUACCGUUUUGGGAAUUGCUUGCAGUGACCUUCACUGUAAAUUCAGACACUUGAAAAGUAAAUAGGCAGCGCAGCAUGAACGAUUUCUGUUGGAUUUUGAGGCAUCUUUUUCUCAAGAUAUUUACAACGUAAAACUUGACGUAAAAUAUAAUAGGAACUUUUAUUUUUUAAUAAAGAGCGCGCUCGACGACUUUUGUAAAAUAUCCUCAAGGUAAUGUUUAUAGAAUUAUGAAUAAUCGACUUUUCAUGGAAGAAAAUCGAUGUUUUAGUAUUUCAACGGGCAUCGAGCCUACUCUGCUGAACUAUUUGCUACCUCAGAAUCCUAAGAAUAAAUUUAUUAACGUAACUCUUUACGCGCUCUACAGUGCAAGAUAAAGAUUGCAUUGCAGAUUAAUAAUAUAAAUAUGUAUAUAAGACAAAAUUACUAUGUUUCUAAAUUUAAAUUGUAAAUUUUAUUUGCUUAGAAAUAUUUUCAGAUAGGAAAUUUAAUAUCGUUUCAAGAUUUUUAUA